AUGCAAAACCAACCAAGUGACUCAUAUCAAUACCAUAGCAAUUUUAAUCCAAGAGCUCCCAAUAUUGUCGAGCAAUUUGCAUUAUUACCUGAAUACCCAAACUAUCAACAUGUUGAAAAUAUUACCUUUUCCGAUGAACAAAAUUUGCAACGCGCACAUACUACGUUAAAUUAUAGCGUUCGCGACCCUUACGAAAAUAAGGGUGAAUUUGAAAGCAAACUUUUUGGGUCUCCCAAUCAUUGCAUAUCUGAACAAAUGAACAGCGCUGCAAUGUUUGAUAAACAGUACCUACUUCUUGGAAAUGAUAAUGGUCUAUGGGUAAUAGAUUUUUCAACUCAUUGGGAUUUAAUAAUGCCAACACAAUUAAUCUGUGGAUGUUCAUUUAAGAAAUUGCAAAUUCUUGAGGAGUUUAAUAUCAUGAUUGCAAUUGCUGGAAAGAAAGAUAUGAUCAGAAUAUACAAACUAGAUUCAUUAUUACAUUUGAUCAAGUUUGUGACAAACUCUGAUUCAAAAACUCCUAUUAAUCUUUCUAAAGCUCCGAAAAAAUUUACUACGCCUAAAUGUGAGAAAUGUGGAUGUAUAUUAGAUGAAAAUCGCUCUACUCCCAAUUGUCAAAAUUGUGGUUUUGAUCCAAAAAUUAACUCUAAAUUAUCAAAUUCAAAUUCAUCCUCGCCGCUUUCACCACGGCCUUCUGGAAAAUUAAACAGAAAAUUAACAAACAUUACUUCACAUUUAUCUAUUUAUGUUAGAAAUUAUCUUUCCAACUCAUCUGAUACCAUGACCGCUACCAUGUGGCGUUUGGCAACCGAUUAUGUAAAUUUGGCCGAAUCUGUAAAGGAUUGCAUAACUUUUGAUGUAAACGAGACAAAGAAUAAAAUGAAAGGUUCUCAAGAAUGUAAAUUCGAAUUUUUAAAAUCAUAUUACGUUCCAGGGACGCCACAUUUUGUUAGCGUGGUCACAGAUUUAUCAUCCAUUAAACAAAUAAUUACAAUUACUGGUAUUGGUAAAGCUGCUGUUAUUGAUUGUUAUACAACUGAAGUCACCGAAAUCA